AUGCCGGUCCGAGUCAACAUUCCCCCUGCUACUCGUUUCUUUCUCGUCAGCCUCCUCGCCCUUUCCUUACUCUACAACAUUGCUAGAUGGCGUGAACUGGACUACACCCCCAACGGCACCCAAAUUACCCCGAUCAUUCCCUACCUGACUCUCGUUCCUUCUCAAUUCUUCUUCUAUCCUUGGACACUCGUCACCGCCACCUUAGUCGAGCAGAAUAUCUUUACUGUGCUUCUGAACGCUGCUACCAUAUUCUAUGGAGGCAAGUACCUCGAGCGCGCGUGGGGAUCCCGCGAGUUCAGCAAGUUUAUCGUGGCCGUCACCGUGAUCCCCAAUGUCGCGAUCCUUCCAAUCUACCUCCUCUGGGGCGCAGUACAGGCCGAGAAUUAUCGCAGCGAGACCCAGAUCUGCGGUGGUGUCGCCAUCCAGGCCUCCUUCCUCGUCGCAUUCAAACAACUCGUCCCCGAGCAUACCGUUGCGAUUUUCAAAGGACUGAUCAAAAUGCGCGUCAAGCAUUUUCCGGCGCUAUUUUUGCUUCUUAAUACCCUCAGUGGCAUCUUGAUCGGCACGGACACUGCUGCAAUCUUGUCGUGGCUGGGUCUCCUGACUAGCUGGACAUACCUAAGAUUCUACAAGCAACAGCCCGACCUGACUGGAACAUCAACCGAAGGUUUUGGUAUCAAGGGUGAUGCCAGUGAGACCUUUGCCUUUGCUUGCCUGUUCCCCGAUGUGAUGCAGCCCCCGAUCGCCUUUGUCGCGGACCAGAUCUAUACAUUGCUGGUAACAGUCAAGAUCUUGAAACCAUUUUCGGAGGAUGAUAUUGCAUCUGGUAACCAGCAAGUACUGGCCAGAGGCGAGGCGGGCUUGCCAACUCUCCUCAGCAGCCGUGGAGGGGGAGGAGGGUCCCGGGGUAAGCGCGAGGAGGCUGAGCGCCGCCGUGCUCUGGCACUCAAAGCGCUAGAUCAACGACUACAGACUGCUGCAGCGGGCCGCGUACAUGCUGGCCCAUCUACACUGGUGGAACCAAGUGCAAGUGCGACAUCGCCGACCCCGUCCGCCCCCACUGGGCAGGCCAUGCUCGGUGGAACCACCUACAAUCCAGAUCACGCAUAA